CAGCCCCCAGGGUGAAAAUAUUUUUAACAGUCAUAAACAUUCUUCUCAUCGAAGUUUCGAGGCGUUUGAUUACAAAAAAGUCUCGGAAGGAAACCAGCUCCGAUCGUCACAUUACGUACGUAAUUGGCUAAUUUAGGCGCUUGGUUUUCAUGAACAACUAGAUUGAAACUUUUCUACUGAGUCCGCUGCCAGUUUGCUGUUUAACAUGGUCACUUGUUUGAAAUUAUUAGCUGUGAGUCUUUGAUUCUGACUUGGACGAAAAGGUGAGUGAUUUUUUGCUCUGGUUUCGGUGCGUUGAGGAAACGGUGCAAGCGUUAUUACGCUAAAUGCGAGUGAAUGCUGACAAAACUUACAUGCUAUAAGAUAUAUUGUGAUGCAAAUCCCAAACUUCAGCCAUAAUCGCGUGAAAUCGACCCAGGUCUUAACAUCAUGUUGCGAAAACCAUCUCUUUUUCUGUCAAACGAAUUAGAAAUCAGAAAUAACUUUUGUCAUAGAAAGAAAUUAUUCUAACAUUAAAGGUUUCAGUAGCAUGUUUUUUAGCCUUUGUUGCGUGUCUUCUCUACACAGUUAGGGUGCUGUUUCCGAGCUCUGAUAUGCAGAAACAUAUUAGGCAACCAAAUGUGGAGUAGAAUUGUUCAAAUAGAGCACGUCUGUUCAAUUUUUAAUCCUCAAAUUGUGCAAUGAAUGGUCUUACAUCUUCCAAUCUUCAAACUAAAAUAUAUGACUUUAAAAGGGCAAAGUAUAUUCCAGAAAACCGCUAGCUUAUUUACGUAGUUUUUCCUUUUUAAAAUUCAAAGAGCAGUGAACCAUAUGCGGUUUAUUGUGAUAGUGAAAAUCAACUUGCACGUAUGUUAAUUUUUUUUUUUUACAAAUCAAGAGUGCCUAAAAAACUGAACUCAAGUUUUAUAUUUCAGUCAAAGGCGAUUAAAAUAGGAACAAACCUUGUUAUAAUUAAACCGUAUUUCAUGAUGAAAACAAAACAAUGACAAGAAUUCAGAAGAUUUAUUGAAGCACAACCAAACAUUCUUUCGCAAAAUGAAUUAGUAAUCACGACAGUAAAGUGUUAUUUAGUGCACUUGAAACAGUUCCUAAAAAAUUCCAAGCCACACACUCUUGAGAAAUAGUAUCAUAGAAGAGUUUGACUUAAAUGCCCUGGCCCAGUUGCUCAAAGGGCGGACAACACUAUCCACCGGAUCAAUCGCUAUGCAGCGGACAAGAGUUAACAAAACAUAUUGUGCUAUCCAACGGAUAGAGAUUUAUUCAGUGGAUAGCGUUAUCCAUCUUUCGAACAACCGGAGUCUGAUCACGAUGGUCUAUUUAAAAAAAGAAUGUGAACAAGACAAGACAAUUUUCAAGUAACUUCCGAUUCAAAAUUUGCGUGCACAUUUUAAAAGUUUAGUGACAAAAAAUUUCAGCGUAAAUCGAAAUAAUUACGCGACAAUUAGAUUAUGAAAUCGAAAUUGCAAUCGCUUGAUAGAUGAUUAGAACGAAUCCCGAGUCAAUUAUCAAGCAUAAAAAAUCGAAAGCAAAUGAUCUAAUUCUGUUAGUAAUUAUCUACACCGGUCCUUCAAAACUUGACUACAAGAUAUGCUUAUGCAUGUUUAUAUUUCAUUUUACUUCCAACCGCUACAUCCUAAGGCCACAUACCUUACUCCUCAGCAAUCUAUCACAGAAUAGCUAGCGACUAAGAUACCCGAUCAGAUUUCAGCGUUUAUGAUAGAUUGUGCUAUUUUUAUGAGGGCAUAUUCAAGAUCAUGUGUCCGGAGAUAAGUCCGAAAGCAUUCUUUUAAAGGUUUUGCACUAGACCUCAUUUCGAAAGUGAGGGUGUUUAGAACCCCGAAAGUGUUUGACCGAAACUCGGUUCGUUCUUGUUUCUUCCCGCUUCAUUCCCGGCGUAAUAUCUUGCUCUAGACUCAUCAAUAUGAUCUACUGACUAUACCGUCAUCAGCCGCAAAGAGCCACAGUACAGCGGCUGAGCUCCUAAAUUACUUGUCAUUUCUCCCCUCGAGCCGCUACACAUUCCCUUGUGAAUCAGUUACGAGAAUUUGGUGUUAGAUCAAGAUAACAACUUCUAGCUGAUAAGUUUGAAUAUUCUCAUUACCUGUUUGCUGGAUGUAGUAUGGUUAUCAUAAGGAGAAGUUACAAGUUAAUCACUUCCGGAAGAUUAAGGGAUAAACAAAUGUUGGCGUGAGCAAUGAUUAAUGAUCGGGAAAUUGCUAUCGCAAUGAUGACUGGAUGGGGUAGAGUCCUGCAUCAUCAUCGUUAUUAUCAUCAUCGUUAUUAUUAUUAUUAUUAUUAUUAUAAUUAUUAUCGAAAAUCAUCGAAAAAAUGAUCAAUUUUGGAUCAUUAAACCAAUGGACUGUUUCAAUCGCUGGGUGUAAGUUUUAUUAAGUCCAUAAAUUCUUUAGCUCUCUGCGAUGUCUAUUAUAAGGGAUAUGAUGGAAACGACUUCUUCAGUGACGAAAUUAACCUUAAUAGAAAACCUGAAGUGUUGCGACGCAACAAUCGACGAACGUGUCUCUUAACGUGUCACUGUGAUGCAUGGCUACAAAGUAUGAGGAACUUUUCACCAAGUUGCUAGAAUGCUAUUGCAUUCAACUCGAAAAGAACAUAGAACUUUCCAGACACUCACUGCUGUUUCAGUUUCAAUUUAAUUUUCUUCGAGCUGGCAAUAGCAACAACGCUUUGUUGAAGUAAAAGCUGCCUUUCUCGAACGUAAGUAUUUUUUAGCGACUGAAAGACAUCGAAAUUUGUUUAUCUUGGUUUGCUCUGUGGAGUUUGCUUUCUUUUUCAGUAUCCUCUAUUACUUUUCAAAGUUAUCCGCUGUACGAUUCCUAGGCUCAAGCAUGCGUUGAGUCUCGAAGAACUUAUAGCGUUAUCGAACUCAUCAAAACUCAUGCGACUUACCACGGACUUUAUUUUCUAUAAUAACAUUGUGAGUACAUCAUAGCUUUUGAUGUCGGAUCUGGCGAGCGUAACGAAAAAUUUCAUAUUUGUCAACCUUUGAUGAACCUCGAGAUUUCCAGAAUGUUGUCUUAGGGGGGUUGCGUUUCAUACACUACGACAGGUCAAUCCUUUACCUGCGAGAACUCUCGGACUUUUGGUCCAAUUUCUUAAAGUAGACCUUCCUAUGGUUAUCUUUGAGUAUCUUUGCUUUGAAGAGUUUACUAAAGUAUACCAGCAACACGAUUUUCCAUAACUAUUUUUACUCUACAAUUUCAGUAAAAUAUCUGCUUGAUAAAGCGUAGUAGGAUAAAGAAAACUGCGGUCAGUAAACGGUAAAAGAGAAGUCUCAUUUUCCUGAAUCCAAGGGCUUGAAGUAUUAAUAGAUUAUUAUCAUCUUUUCUAAGUUUCCAAUACUUGAUAAUCUUUAUCUUUUCAACGUGAUUUCGUUACUUUCUCAACUUUCAGAUUGUGUUUAGAUUCAUUGAACCAAAAAUAUCCUCACCACCUGAAGCCUCAAACAAGAAUGACAACGUUUACAUGGAUAAAGAUCGUUGCAGCGCUGUUUCAACUGAUUUCGUCGGCAGCAGGUAAAAAAUAGUUAACCAACGUUGGCGAUAACCACUUCGUAUAAUCCAUCAAUUAUAUUUGCCCCUCGAAGCUCAGAGUUUUUCUCGAGCGUCGCUCUCGGGAAAAUGUUCGCAUCUCGAAAACUGUACGCGGACAAAUAUCCGUGCAUAUUUUCCCUCCAAAUGGUCCGAAUGCUGUUGUUAUUAUAUCUGAAAAGCUUGAGCGUAACCCUGUUUCCUAGAGCCAUCUUUCUUCCUUCCCCGAGAAUGGACCCUGGUUGUGGCUAAUCAGGUCUUCUCAGAAUUCUGGAGAUUGCAACAAAGAAAAAUCGAGGGAGGGGCUCUCUUGAAGGAGGAAGAUAGAGGACUCUGGUCCUCAUUCCUUUCGCUAAACUCAUUGAAAAAUACAAAUGACGCGUAAUAAUAUUUUUCGAUGCUGUAAUUAUGGUUCAUUGUAUAAUGAAGACCUCAAUUCAACCUGGGUGGUACUGAAUAUUCAGCUAAUCAUUUGCUGGUGUGUAUUAAAGUACAUUUAUCCAUGUCAAAUUUAAGCGCAUUUGUUUGAUUGUAAACGUUCAGGUUCGUGUUCUGACACUCCCGUUGGUGUUCGCGAUGAACUGAAAGUGAUACCUGACGAUAGCAUGACUGCAGGCUCGGCGCUCACUGAUUUUCCAGCCGAAGAUGGCCGCCUGGCUGGAACUGGUGCCUGGUGUCCUCAGACAAAUGGUGAUGACCGUCUUUUAUAUCUACAAAUAAGCUUGGGUAAAAGCUACGUAAUAUGCGGCGUCGAAGUGCAGGGAAAGCCUAAUGCCUUAGAGUCUACAAACUUUAUGCUGAAGUCUUCAACAGACGGAUCAGCCUUUAAUGCCAUCGACUCAGGGAAGGUAAAUAAUUGACCUUUAAUUUUUAUCAACUUGUUUCGCUGGCGGGUUCAUUAAAUAAAUUUUAUAUAAACGAUUUGAAAAUAUCUAUACUUAUUGUCGAAAUUGGUUAGAAUUUAUUGCUUUAGACUCAGUCAAUUUCCACCUUAAGGUGGAACUCAAAAAAUUCUCAGUCUGCGAGUAUGUUAUUCCCAUCGACCAGAGAUCUUAUAAUUUGAUCCUGAUAUCAUUUAAUUAUAUACGUGAAAAACAUUUUUUUUAAGCACCGACGUUAUAGCUAGGCUUGCAUCACAUUUUAAUAGCCAGCAUCACUGUUCAGGUUUUUAAACCAACUGAAAAGUACUAUCAGACACCACAGCAUAGCAUUGUUAUCGUUGUCUUUACACAUUUUCUUUUUCAUCGUAGCUUUUGUUUUCAUAAAUUUUUUCUCUUUGAAGCUUUGCACUUUCCACAUAUCAAAUUUCGAAGGGGGAAUUUUUUUGGAAUCUUUCGAAGUGGUAAAGGUCACUAGAAAUUCGCUAAGAAUUCCUAGUCAAAAUGCAAGUUUGUUUUUCAUAAACUUUUUUCUUUGGUGUUGUCGUCCUGAUUAAUUACUUAAGGUCCCUUGCCGCUUUCAUUACGAUUUUUUCACUGCCUAGAGGCUGCAGUCGAUACCUUUUGCCUUUGUCGUUCUUGUAUUAACAGCUUACAGACUUGAAUUCUUCUAGGUCCUUCUAUUGGGUGUAUAUUUACGAUAGAUUUUUAUUAAUGAGCAUUCGGCGCUAAAACAAGACACGUAAAAUAGUUUCAAUUUUUUUUAAAGACUGAUUAGAGAAACAAUAACUUGAAUUUCCCGAAAUGCUUUUUUUUAAAAUGAAUUUUGAAAUAUGAAUGUUUUCGGUACCUCUCCAGACCUUUAAUGCCUCAUCAGCUGGUGGUGAUGUCGCUACAUUCCAUACCCUGACAACAAACGUGACUGCAACACAUCUGCGGUUUAUACCAGUUUCCAACCUUACAUGCCUAAGAGUGGAGAUUUAUGCUGUUCCAGGUAUGUUUCACAACAAUAUGAUAUGGAUGAUCAUGAAAGAUUGUAUUUGACAUAGCUAGUGAGGGACGAAAUGGUUCAUUCCAUUCCCUCCGCAAAUGAAGAUGAGCGUAAUACGAGCGUAACUCUAAGAAGAUUGUCAGGAGAAAAGGUUGUGUGAAUUUAAGUCCAACCUGAUGGGGGAACCAGCAUAGAUUGGUGUUGAGUGACGGUUUUCGUAAAAGGAGGACUGGUAAAGAAGGUUUAGGAAUUAUCUUAUUUCUCGCUACUCACUGAAAAAAUAGCAUGUUGUCGUGUCCGGGGUUUAUAUAACCCCGAUAUGCUGUUCAGUCAAGAACACGUGGAUGCCAUACUUACGGCUUCGAUGUUUUUAGGUUUUGUGGCUUAGCUAUUUGAUCAAGUGACAUAAAAUGAAAUCCAAGUUAACCCUGUAACUCCCAGAUCAAAUUUGUACUUCUCCUUACUGUCAACCAUACAAUUCUUAUAAUGUUAGUUCAGAGAAUUUAGUAUCGGAUCAACUAAUUAUCCCCAAUUAUUCUCAUCUUUUAUCUGGUUGAUAUUGUAGUGAUAUUUGUAAGGAAAAAUUUAGUCUUGGUCACUCAUGGGAGUUAAAGGGUUAACACAAAAACCAAUCAGAAGAACGAAGAAACCAAUGAGAAUUAAACGUAAUGACGUGCGGCACUGAAUGCGAGUAACAAACAAUUGAGUGUAUUUUUCCCUCUGAUUGUUCGAUGGGCUGCAAGGUGGAAUCGUGGAUCAUUAGUGAAUCAUAGCGGUCAAAUCAGACAGAAUCAUAAAUUUACGAGUUUAAAACCCUAAAACUUGGGAUCAUGAAUAACGAGAUAUAACUCAAACUGAAUUAUAAAUAUCGAUAAAAAAAAGUUGCUAAUGAAACAAGAACUGUUGGGUUUGAUAAAAGGGAAAGAAUGGCGAAUCUUGAAGAUCAAAUGAUUUUGUGUCCCCUCCCCUCCCCCCCCACCUUUUUUUAACUGGCCAGCAAUGAUGAUGUUUGUUAUAAUCGUUUUAUUGAUUCCUUUUAUCCCAGAGAAUGUUGCCGUCACUUGCCAAGCGUCCAAUAUCUUGGUAGCAAUUCAAAAAUCAUUAUUUACUGAUUCUGACGCUUCUUUCGCCGCGACUGACCUGGCUCUCAAUGACAGAACAUGCAAAGCUACGAAUGGUUCAACUACUUUCGACUUUGACAUUACCCUUGGGACAUGUAAUACUGAGCUCACUAUCUCAAAAGAUGAAGAAAGAUCAUUUUACCACAACAUGGUCUUUAAUACCGCAGAAAACGAAACCGAGUUUAACAUCAUUUGCUCAUACGUGCGAACGCCGACAACUGCUUCUAGUGAGUACACUUAACUGCCUUAUAGUUUUUCUUUGGAGCUUAUUGAGUAGGUUUUCUGUUUGUUUUGUUUUUCUACCAUUUAACGAUGACUAUUCCCAAGUCUUACGGCUCAGUUUUCGAAACAGCCCUCAGAUAUCCAUGAACGUUGUCACGCCCAAAUAGAGGCUUUUUACUGUAUGUGUUUUGCCUAUAAUUUCUGAGCAAACUCAUUGGAGACACUGCAUUAAGUGGGUAGACUUCAAGGCAUGAAAAACAUUAACAUGAUAGGAAUCUGACAUCAAAUCAUGAUCCAAACGUAUCAGACAGAGAAAAUCGGCUAAAGCUGUAAAAAAUCUGGAUUUGAUAAUCUCUUUGAUUGGAAAUUUCGCGCACUGGCCCAGGAAAGCUUGCGAUGGGCUAAAAGACAAAUAACCCCUCUCAAAUCGCCGUAAUAUCGACAAUAAUCAACUCAGCUUUAAAAUUGGCUCAACAUUUUUAAGUUCAACACGAGUCUUCUCGACUAAUCGUUUAUUUUUCAGUCCAUAUGUCAGUCCAGCAUUCCAAUGUAGUAAGCAAAGGGAGUAUCUGUUGAUUCUCAGUGUUAUCUGGUUCGACCUUAUGAACAAAUGACCACGUUCUUUCUUCUGUAACCACCACAAAACGUUUUCUCAUAUUGAAUUAAAUUUUAAACGAAGACUUUUAUUGUAAUUGAUCUAGGGUUUGAAAAUUGGGGAAUAUGUUCGGAUAUUUCCGAGAUUUAGCCGAGGUAUAUUUGGUCACGUGAUGUGUUUAGACCAAUCGCACGUGAGCAAAAAGUCUUGAUGAAUUAUAACAAAGAAUGGAUUGAUAGCAAGUUGCAUAGCCAAUCAGAUUGCAGUACUUGUGAUAGAAGGCUGAUGGUAGAUUUAUACUAAUCCGUAAUAGAUAGCAAGUUAUGUUACCAACUUACCAUUUUGUUGCUCGUGUAAACAAAGCAAAAAAAGAAACAAGAACUUGUCUCGUUUUAAAUUUUGAACGAACAGAAGAUCCAUGCCAGCUGAAACAAUUAGAUUGAUGGCUCUAGCACUCUAAUUGGUGACGGUUAUGACCACAGUCAGAAUUUGACCAGGCGAAAUCCUGAUACCAUGACAAAAUAUGAGACGCAAAUACCGAUAGAUUCAUCUUUUUUUUUCUUCUUUCAUCUCUUUGAUUUUUUCCAAAAGAAGGUCAUUAUGCCCAAUGGUCUAUUUAAGAGCCCGCGCGAUAGGUGCGGAUACGCCGAGAAUAAGGACAUUGGUGUGACGCAUAAGCUGCCUUAUUGCCUUAUCAAACGUGACGUUUACAUGCACUUCCCAGUUAAGUUCUCAAACGGGGCUCCUGAUAAAAAAUUGCUUUCGUAAAUUUUGUCAUAGUUUUGAUAAAGUAAUGAGAACAAUAAACUUUUUCUGAUUUAUCUGUAAUCUGAAUAUCUUGUUGUUUGACAGGCAGUGGUGCUCUGACGUUUACUAUGAAUAUCUACCAGGAUGAAAAUCAUCAAAACCUUGUUACAAAUGAGGUGAUCGAUUUGGGACAGAAAUUAUAUUUCAAAAUCGAAGUUCAAACCACAAGCAGUGACAUUGAAUUACAUCUUACCCAGUGCAAGGCUACAUCCACAGAUAACGUAAACGAUGCUAACAACUAUACAUUUAUCCAAAGCGGGUAAGAUUGUAAACAAGGAAGAAAAAAUGAAUACUAAUCGAAGUUAAGUAAUCGAAACUGAGGAAAACGACUUUUUGCAAAUUUCAUGAUAUCAUUUUGUGCUUGUGCUAAGCUCUUGUGCCAAUCGAAAUUAGGUUGGUUUAGCAACUUCCAUAGUCAGAGGAUUCUAGCAGUGGCACGAUAAAGUUUACCUGAUCCCCCCAUAAGGCUCUGUGAUAUUCAGAGACUUCCUUCAUUGACAGUUAAUUGUCAGUCAAUCUUUUUUCAUAUUUCCCUUCUUUAUACUCAGUUGGUGACGACUAAUCCCCACUCCGUUCACCCAGAAAACCAUAAGAUCCCCCGCCAAAAAUCCUCCGACCUAGUCCCCCCCUCCUCAUUUUAUAUAUAGGGACUGGUCCCUAAACUAAACACGGCUUGAUUAUUCACACGUAGGUCAAGAUUCAAGAUGGCGGCCUGAGACCUCGCAUUUCUAGCUCAUUUGAAGACAGUUUUUAAAAGUUUUUAAAAGUUCGUGUAGUUGUACCUCAGAUGUAGUAAGAACAUAUUUAACUAUGGUUUUUAUGGUGUAGAAAAAAAUCGAAUGAUUUCUGAUCCGUACUUAUUCAAUUUCUUGUGCUUCGGAUAGUUUGAUAAAGCGACUCGUUUAAAAUAUGUUCGAACAUAAACUACACCUAUUUCUUUUUUCCAGUUGCCAUGUUCAAAGUGAUCAGUUUGUGACGGAUUAUAAUUGCUCAGCAACUCCUACCAACUCUCAAACGUUUACCUUAUCCGCGUUCCGCUUUGCUGGUAGAAGUGCUGGUGACCGGGUUUAUUUCCACUGUAAUGCAUUGGCAUGCUUAAUAAGCAAUACUGCAUCCACUUGUGCUACGCAAUGUGGUGCUUGCACAAGCAAACGGAAGAGAAGGAACUUGGAAGAGCAAGAUCCAAAUGAGGUGCACUUAGUUCUCGGACCAUUUACUAUCGUUGAAGAAAGCGAUACCACCAAGCCUAAUAAAGCCGAUGAAAAUGAUGGAGUAGAAGGUUUGUAAACCUUUAGCUCAAACGAGGAAUAAAGAAAGAUGGAUGUUUCUUUAUUCGGCGAUAGAGCUAAAUUUAGAACUAUGAUAAUGUAAGCUGAGUACAUUUUCCUGUUCAGACCGACCAGACCCUUAAUAAUGAAAAAAAAAACAUGUUGAUAGACGUGACCCAAAAUUAGCAUGCUUGGUAUUCUUUUCCAUAUGCUCAAAUUUCUAAAAAGGGCAGGAAUAUUAUGAUUACAGGUAAAAUCAUUUCCAAGCCAUCAUGAUCUACUUAUGUUCAGUUAAAAACUCUCGGAAUCCCCGUUUCUCUUUUAGCCGGUCUUCUAUAUCACCGUAUCCACUGCUGUUACACCUCGCCCGGAAUUCUUUUAAGUGAUACACAAACGGUUGGAGACUCGGUGUAUCACUUUUCAACUUGUCUUAAUCCUGCAAUCCUUGGCAAAUUUGCUAUUUCACGUGAUUCUUCUCAUUUCCCUGCUUGAGAUUGAGAUCAUGACAUGCACACAGUCGUUCUUGUGCUAUUUCCCAUGUCACCACGCGCAUCAUGGCUCGUCCAAGUCAGAAAACCUUAAGACGAGGCCACGUCAAAUGUUCUGUCUCUGAACUGGACUAACGGAGUAAACUUAUUUAUUAUUUUUUCAGAUUCAAACACAAUCCAAAAAGACAGCGAAAACUUUCCCACGACCAAGGUGGUCAUCGUGUGUGUGGGUGCCAUUGUUGUCUUAGCGAUAAUAGUAGGCUUGGUGGUAAUGAUGAGGUUCUCUAAAAGUGCUCGUGGGCCCGCUGUGAAAAAUGUCACCGCUGACCUAUCUCAGGUUAAUGCAGCCUUCGACGAUACAGAAGUCAAAACGUUGAGUGUCAAGUCAAUAUAAAGUUGAUGAAGUUCUAUGUGGAAUUAUUACUCGUAUGAAUAUGAAAAGACGAGGGAUCUCUUAUUUAUCGGUUAAAUAUUUAACCGAUGCAUUACAUUUUCUCCCCUCGUUUUUUGAAAGACGAGGGGAGAACUGUUUAGAACGCGAUUAAGUUGAACUACUGUUGAUGUAAAAUUUUGACUUUGUUUUAUCUCUUUUCUCAGAGUUUAGUGGUUUAUAUUUUGAUACCUUUAAUUUUGCCGAGCACCAAGAUGAAGCUCCUUACAGACCUCAUCCCCAUUACACACUUUAUAUGAAAGAAAUCAAAAGCUGGCUUAACUAUAAUCAUGGUCUAAUGCUAGUGUCCUCUAGAACAACCAACCACAGCGGUCAAACGUCUGCGGAUGUGCGAAUGUUGUUAUGACUAGGUGGCGUGCUUUCCAGCCGUCAGAAUUAAGUUUUCUCACACGAGUUACGCACAAGAAUGCAAGCCAGUAAGUCACGGAGUUUGAAAACCGUAUUAUUAUUAUUUUUUAAACUGAAAAUAGGGUAUUAAAUUAACAAGAUACCCGUGCAUGAAUAAGCUAUGUGUUCAAAAAGUCAGAAGUUUUCCCUUUUCCUUCUUUUGUUUCUUUUUACAGAUUUCCAUGAACGCUUCAAUUUUGUGCGUAAUAAUUGAAACUCCGUAAGCUACAGAAGUCAUGUUCCACGAGUGUUCGACACUAUCAUAUGUGUAGUAACGAUGUUGAGUCAGACUAAGAUGUUGUCGUAAGAGCACAUGCAUCUAGUGAAUCACAUUUUUAUCCUCUCUGAGAUGUAAACCUAAUCACUUUGUUACUUAAUGAAUGAAAUAUUUCUCAAAAAGGAAAGUUUCGAAUGUCGUAAGCCAGUUUCGUUAAUUCCUUCGCGCAUGCCUGACACUUGACCGCUGUGUUGGAACAACCGGGCCCAAGGGUCACAUUUUGCCUACCUCAGUUAAUCUUGGAAUGUUUUUGGUUGUUUUUUGACAAGUGGAUUAACUAAUUUUUGUGUUGAAAGCUUUCCUUUUCUUACCUUUUCGAGAGAAAACGAUUUCACUGUCUUGAGGUUGCAAAAUAUAAUUCAUUUUUGGGAUUUGAUGGUAAAAAAGAACAAAAUUAUGGCUUUUUAUCUAUGAUUUAAGUAGACAUUUUUAGAGAAUAUAUUGAUAUUUUUAAUUAUUCGCUUAUUAUCAGAACAAGAAAAUUGGCCUGUACGUAGAGAUAACACGUAACCGAGGCUUACGGAUACGUUUGAAGAAAACGAAGGCUGUGAAAUCACUAGUUAAUGAGAGUUGAUUGUGGAAGGCCUGCUGUGUUUAAAAAAAAAAAAAAAAGUUGUGGAAUUUUCAUUCAUAUUAUGUAUUAACCUUGCCACAGCUUGUAAUUAUCACAAUUUAUGCUGUUCAUUCUAUCAAAAAAGCAAUACAAUUUGAAGAAGAAUAACAAGUUUUAUUUUAUUUCACCUCAACAAGUUAUCUUGUUUCACUGCACUUUUCUUAAAUCCUUGAUAUUUAUAGUCUGCACUCGAGCCAUUUGCCUCUCACAAGCCGAAAGAGCUUUUCAAUGGCCUCGAUACCAUGAGGCAGUUGGGAGUACUUCUUCUCCCCUCUAAUGGUCAUUAGUCCGUAACCAGUUAACUCUCUCCCUCCUUCCCCCCCCCCAGGUUCCCUUAACAAUUCGCCGCUAAAAUUUUACAGUCCUGGGUGGAGAGAGGCACUGUGAGAACCAAAUAUCUUGCCAAAGAACACACAUUUAAGCCUGGACCUUUUUAACCAUCGUCCAACCACCCCCCCCCCACCCCCACCCCACCCCCCCCCCCCCCACCCCCACCCCACCCCCACCACUAGUAUAUGGAGUGUCUUUAGUUUUUGUUUGUUUGCGUGUUUUAUUUGUUUUUUUUUUUUUUCAACCAUGUCCUCAGAGCAGGAUUGGCGAUCUCUCUUUAAAUUUACCUUGAGUCUCGAAGUAGCAACUCUUAUAAGUAACUCUUAAUAUUUUAUCUUGAUCAAGUUUACAUGAUAGGUGGGGUGACCCGCCUAAGCGGGUUGCCCGGUCUGCUUGGUAGGGUAACCCUGUCAGCCUGGGUGACAACUUGCCAUGUAAACGUCUCAAGGUAGGGUAACAUGCCUAGCCGGGAUGGCUUCAAUGUUACAAAAAGCUCAAAUGAGCCAAACAAGAGCGAAACACACCUGUGUUACAACUUUUUACACUUCCUAACCGUCCCAUGCAGAGCUGAAACGUUAAAACACCAUUCUUACGUCCUCUUGGCAAUGAAACCUCGAUAGCGAUUUAGUCACGUGUUUACUUUAAACUCAACACUACAUUCACAUGUUAUGCCCAAGUGAAGACGUUUUACCGUCGGAAACAGGUAACGCAUUGAGCUAUUGGCGAAAAACUUAGAGGAAAAUAAAUUACGUUUUUACGGUAACCACACGUCGCCGUAAUUACAAGUGCGAUUACAACCUCGAGAAACGUCAGCCUGGCAUCUCGGGGUUGUAAGAUUGUAUGUAAACGCGGGCUAUUUUUCGACCACGGCUAGGCGGGUUGCCUCACCCACCCGAGGUCCCCCACAUCCAUGUAAAAAGGCUCUAAGAAGUCUGCUGAAAGCUCCACAGACCAUUUCAUCGUCUUGAUCAAAUUUUCCCUAAGGGUACUACGCACUACGCAUCAUCUAAUUGCCAAUGGCCAAUGAUUGCGUUCGGCACUUAAAAGACCCUUAAAAAAGUCUUGAGAGUUAUGAGUAUUAUUUCGCGGUCAGGGGUCUUCCAAAUAUUAAUUAAAGGCAAACAUCACGAACUAUGCGGGCGAUAAAAACAGUACUCUCCAGAAAGAAUUUGAAAAAUACAAACUUCUUUAUUAAAUUACCAUUUCAAAUUGCAGAGUUUGAAAAAGCAAUUUCUUGAAAUAAGGCUUAGAAGGCAAUUAUUUUGAAACGUGCUAAAACCCGCCCUGUCAGACGAAACUGAUCGAAGAGACAAUCUGUCUCAAGUAUUUGUUUUGUUUUGUUUUGUUUUUUUGUUGUUUUGUUUUGUUUUGCUUUUUCUCACGCUGUUACGUCAGUGGAUUCUCUUUUAAUUUCUGGGAAAAUAUUUUCAGAUUUGCUGUUUAUGAGUUCUGAGAGAAUAUUCACUUAAACUUAAAAGGGACUUGUAGAAUGCAUUUUAUUUGUUUUUAUAAAUAGUAAACUUAUGAAAUGAAAAACUUAUGAAAAGUAUGAAGUCUGUAAUUAAACCAGGGCAAGUUGGAAUUCCAUCUGGUGUUGUGUCCAAUGUUAUGCCUAGUCAACCGUAAGGAAAUCACGCUCUUACUUUCGUGUUCGCAACCGCACCCGGAUGAGGUAAGUAAAAUUAUUAGUCAAACUCGUGGAAGCUCUGACAACGAUCUACUAAUCAAAAAACAUAGAAAGUCGAAGCCAAAGUGAAGCGGUAAACCACAACACAUCUGAAAGCCAAGGUCGACAAAAGGGCAGAGAAGUAUUUCAUUGCUAAAAAACUACUUGAAGAGUACAAUUUUGAUGUAUGAUCCUGAAAUAGCACCUUAAACCUCAGACCUUAUGCUCACACUAUCAAGUUGGUUUUAAGAACGACUUCACGUCAUUUCUUAGAGCACUCUCGGCCUAAAUUGAGGUAUUGGUUUUCGGACACAAUUUUAUUAAUUAAAAAGGUAGAACCACCUCGAAUAUUCCAUAUCCCUUUGCAAUUAAUGCAUCAUCAACCAUAUAGAAUCGUAGAAAUUAGCACAAAUGAUUGUUCUUAUACUUGAUUCUGUUUGUUGUUGACAUUUUAACGACACUCAAAAAGCUGCUUUAUUUCUUAGCAGGUCUAUCAAAUUGACUUCGCUCAAUCCCAAUUUCCCAUUUUCAUAUAUUCCUCUAACUUAGGACAAUUUCUUUAAUUUGACUUUCGGUCAAGAAAAAAACGUAAAAGGAAAAACACAAUCAAGCACCCAAAUAUGCACUGGAGGUUCGAGAGGUUACCCCGCAGGCACGAAACCGCUAUUUUCUAAUUAUUAAUACAUAACUGAAAUUUCCUAGAAAGAUAGAGGUUUUGCGCCAGUUUGGACAGGUUACUUAACUUGUAUACCAGAAGAAAAAAAAAAGCAAGAUAAUUUAGUAAAGAAAGAAAGAGGGGGAUAAAGAGAGGAAGAAGGAAACAUCUCAUAACAACCAGGUUUAGAGUAUUCAUAUUUUCUAGGCAGCAUUAGUUAAAGAACUAAUGAGUAUUGAAUAAGUUAACAUAGUUGUAACAAAUUAAUCCUUCUAUUCGAAGUAAAGGCCGGCCUUUAAUUUGUUCGUUUGUCUCUUGUAGACUCUUCACGCGAAAGAACUUGUCGCUAAAUAUGUUCCCUUUUGUGCACUGACGGUUAAAACCGAUUUUGAAAUAAAGAGAGACUUAUCGCACGAUGUCUUCUUGAUAUGAUUAUUAAAUUUAACGCAAUGGUUCGAGCAGAAUUAUUUCUCCCAUCUAUGCGAGAAAUAAGGGAAAAAAAACCAUGUUGAUAGACGUGACCCAAAAUUAGCAUGCUUGUUAUUCUUUUCCAUAUGCUCAAAUUUCUAAAAAAGGGCAGGAAUAUUAUGAUUACAGGUAAAAUAAUUUCCAAGCCAUCAUGAUCUACUUAUGUUCAGUUAAAACCUCUCGGAAUCCCUGUGUCUCUUUUAGCCGGUUUUCUAUCUCACCGUAUCCACUGUUUACACUUCGCCGGAAAUUCUUUUAAGCGAUACACAAACGGUUGGAGACUCGGUGUAUCACUUUUCAACUUGUCUUAACCCUGCAAUCCUCUGGCAAAUUUGCUAUUUCACGUGAUUCUUCUCAUUUUCCUGCUUGAGAUUGAGAUCAUGACAUGCACACAGUCGUUCUUGUGCUAUUUCCCAUGUCACCACGCGCACCAUGGCUCGUCCAAGACAGAAAACCUUAAGACAAGGCCUCGUCAAAUGUUCUAUGUCUCUGAACUGGACUAACGCUUGGUAGGGUAACCCUAUCAGCCUGGUUGACAACUUGCCAUGUAAACGUCUCAAGGUAGGGUAACAUGCCUAGCCGGGAUGGCUUCAAUGUUACAAAAAGCUCAAAUGAGCCAAACAAGAGCGAAACACACCUGUGUUACAACUUUUUACACUUCCUAACCGUCCCAUACAGAGCUGAAACGGUAAAACACCAUUCUUACGUCCUCUUGGCAAUGAAACCUCGAUAGCGAUUUAGUCACGUGUUUACUUUAAACUCAACACUACAUUCACAUGUUAUACCCAAAUGAAGACGUUUUACCGUCGAAAACAGGUAACGCAUUGAGCUAUUGGCAAAAAACUUAGAGGAAAAUAAAUUACGUUUUUACGGUAACCACACGUCGCCAUAAUUACAAGUGCGAUUACAACCUCGAGAAACGUUAGCCCGGCAUCUCGGGGUUUUAAGAUUGUAUGUAAACGCGGGCUAUUUUUCGACCACGGCUAGGCGGGUUGCCUCACCUGCCUGGGGUCCCCCACAUCCACGUAAAAAGGCUCUAAAAAGUCUGCUGAAAGUUCCACAGACCAUUUUAUCGUCUUAAUCAAAUUUUGCCACAGGGUACUACGCACUACACCAGGGGUCAACUUAAGUUCGAAAUUUUCAUAUGCAUCAUCUGAUUGCCGAUGGCCAAUGAUAGCGUUUGGCACUUAAAAAACCCUUGAAAAAGUCUAGAGAGUUAUGAGUAUUAUUUCGCGGUCAGUCUUCCAAAUAUCAAUUAAAGGCAAACAUCACGAACUAUGUGGGCGGUAAAAACAGUACUCACCAGAAAGAAUUUAAAAAAUCCAAACCUCUUUAUCAAAUUACCAUUUCAAAUUGCAGAGUUUGAAAAAGUAAUUUCUUGAAAUAAGGCUUACAAGGCAAUUAUUUUGAAACUACGUGCCACAACACGCCCUGUCAGACGAAAUUGAUCGAAGAGACAAUCUGUCUCAAGUAUUUUUGUUUUUUUAAUUUGUUUUGUUUUGUUUAUCUUUGUUUUGUUUUGCUUUGUUUUUUCUCACGCUGUUGCAUCAGUGGAUUCUUUUUUAUUCCUGGUACAAUAUUUUCAGAUUUUCUGUUUAUGAGUUCUGGGAGAAUAUUCACUUAAAGUUAGAAGGGACUUGUAGAAUGCAUUUUAUUUGUUUUAAUAAAUAGCAAACUUAUUCUGAAAUACUUUCUACAUGAUAAACAGCGACAAUAAAUCCAACGGUCCGAUUGACACUAUUGAGGCUGAGUAUCACAAAGGAGCUGAUGGAGCGUUUUAACGAAACAACAAAAUUACUCUAACUUAAAUCGCGACAAGGGUAUCAAGUGCUCGUUGCUUCUAAACGAACCUGGCCACUAAGAUCACAAGAUUUGAUCUUUGCACUAAAGGAGGUUCCAAAUUUGAUUUCAGCUAAAUCUUUUUUUUCAGCUGAAUGGUCGAGGUCACGAUUGUGCCUUGAGUUGGUAUAGAACGUUAUUGUGUCGGCACAAUAAUAUAUGUAAGGUGCUGUAAUUUAGAUGUUGCACCAGAUAACUCGCUCUACAUUACAAUACAAUCAGCCAAUUAACAAAAGCAAAUGCCUAAUACACUUGAAGGACAACCUGAAGAGGGAAUGCUCUAGACAUAAUAACUUUGUUCAUUUUUUCAGAAUAUUAAACCUGUAAUUAAACCAGGGAAAGCUAGGGCAAGUUCGAAUUCCUUCUGGUGUUCUGUCCAAUGUUAUGCCUAGUUAGCCGUUCGGAAAUCUCGCUUUUAUUUUAGUGUUGGUAACUGCAUCUGGAAGAGGCAAGCAGAACUAUAAAUCAAACUCGUGGAAGCCCUGACAAUGAUCUACUAAUAAAAAAACACAUAGAAAGUUGAAGCCUAAGUGAAGCAGUAAAAAAUCUGAAAGCCAAAGUUGACAAAAGGGCAGAGAGAUAUUUCAUUGCUAAACAAACUACUUGAGGAGUAGAAUUUUGAUGUAUAAUCCUGAAAUGGCACCUUAAACCUCAGACCUUAUGCUCACACUAUCAAGUUGGUUGUAAGAAUGACUUUACGCUAUUUCGUAGAGCAUUCUCGGCCUAAAUUGAGGUAUUGGUUUUCGGACACUAUUUUUAUGAUUUAAAAAGGUAGAACCACCUCGAAUAUUCCAUAUCCCUUUGCAAUUAAUGCAUCAUCAACCAUAUAGAAUCGUAGAAAUUAGCACAAAUGAUUGUUCUUAUACUUGAUUCUGUUUGUUGUUGACAUUUUAACAACACUCAAAAAGCUGCCUUAUUCCCUAGCAGGUCUAUCAAAUUGACUUCGCUCAAUUCUGUUUCUCAUUUUCAUAUAUUCUUCUAACUUAGGACAAUUGUCUUUAAUCUGACUUUCGGUCAAGAAAAAACGUAAAAGGAAAAACACAAACAAGCACCCAAGUAUGCACUGGGGUUUUGAGAGGUCACUCCGCAGGCACGAAACCGCUAUUUUCUAAUUAUUAAUACAUAACUGAAAUUUCUUAGCAAGGGAGGAGUUUUGAGCCAGUUUGGACAGGUUACUUAACUUGCAUACCAUAAGAAAAAAAAGCGAGAUAAUUUAGUAAAGAAAGAAAGGGAGAAAGAGAGGAAGAAGGAAAUAUCUCAUAACAACCAGGUUUAUAGUAUUCAUAUUUUCUAGACAGCAUUAGUUGAAGAACUAAUGAGUACCGAAUAAGUUAACAUAGUUGUAACAAAUUAACCCUUCUAUUCGAAGUAAAGGCCGGCCUUUAAUUUGUUCGUUUGCCUCUUGAAGACUCUUCACGCGAAAGAACUUGUCGCUAAAUAUGUUCCCUUUUGUGCACUGACGGUUAAAACCGAUUUUGAAAUAAAGAGGGACUUAUCGCACGAUGUCUUCUUGAUAUGAGUAUUUACGCAAUGGUUCGAGCAGAAUUAUUUCUCCCAUCUAUGCGAGAAAUAAGGGGGAAAAAAACCAUGUUGAUAGACGUGGCCCAAAAUUAGCAUGCUUGCUAUUCUUUUCCAUAUGCUCAAAUUUCUAAAAAAGGGCAGGAAUAUUAUGAUUACAGGUAAAAUAAUUUCCAAGCCAUCAUGAUCUACUUAUGUUCAGUUAAAACCUCUCGGAAUCCCUGUGUCUCUUUUAGCCGGUUUUCUAUCUCACCGUAUCCACUGUUGUUACACUUCGCCGGAAAUUCUUUUAAGCGAUACACAAACGGUUGGAGACUUGGUGUAUCACUUUUCAACUUGUCUUAACCCUGCAAUCCUCUGGCAAAUUUGCUAUUUCACGUGAUUCUUCUCAUUUUCCUGCUUGAGAUUGAGAUCAUGACAUGCACACAGUCGUUCUUGUGCUAUUUCCCAUGUCACCACGCGCACCAUGGCUCGUCCAAGACAGAAAAACUUAAGACGAGGCCACGUCAAAUGUUCUAUGUCUCUGAACUGGACUAACGGAGUAAACUUAUUUAUUAUUAUUUCAGAUUCAGACACAAUCCAAAAAGACAGCGAAAAACUUUCCCACGACCAAGGUGGUCAUCGUGUGUGUGGGCGCCAUUGUUGCCAUAGCGAUAAUAGUAGGCUUGGUGGUAAUGUGAGGCUCUCUAAAAAUGCUCGUGGGCCUGCUGUGAAAAAUGUCACUGCUGACCUAUCUCAGGUUAAUGCAGCCUUCGACGAAGAAGUCAAAACGUUGAGUGUCAAGUCAAUAUAAAGUUGGUGAAGUUCUAUGUAGAAUUAUUACUCGUAUGAAUGUGAAAAGACGAGGGAUCUCUUAUUUAUCAGUUAAAUAUUUAACCGAUGCAUUACAUUUUCAUAAAAUCGUUUUGAAACACGAGGAGAGAACUGUUUAACUGCGCGAUUAAGUUGAACUACUGUUGAUGUAAAACUUUGACUUUGUUUUAUCUCUUUUCUCAGAGUUUAGUGGUUUAUAUUUUGAUACCUUUAAUUUUUCUGAGUGCCAAGAUGAAGCUCCUUACAGACCUCAUCCCUGUUACACACUUCAUUUAAAAGAAAUCAAAAGCUGGCUUAACUAUAAUCAUGGUCUAAUGCUAGCAUCCUCUAGAACAACCAACCACAGGGGUCAAACGUCUGCAGAUGUGCGAAUGUUGUUAUGACUAGGUGGCGUGCUUUCCGGCCAUCAGAAUUAAGUUUUUCACACGAGUUACGAACAAGAAUGUAAGCCGCUAAGCCACGGCGUUUGAAAACCGUAUUACUUUAUUUAAAAACUGAAAAUAGGGUGGUGAAUCAACAUGAUAUAUACCCGUGCAUGAAUAAGCUAUGUGUUUGAAAAGUCAGGAGUUUUCCCUUUUUCUAUUUUUGUUUCUUUUUACAGAUUUCCAUGAACACUUCAAUUUUGCGCGUAAAAAUUGAAACUCCGUAAGCUAUAGAAGUCAAGAUCCACGAGUGUGAAUAGGUGUAGUAACGAUGUCGAGUCAGAGUAAAAUGUUGUCAUAAGAGCACACGGCAUCUACUGAACCACAUUUUUCCCUCUUUGUUACUUAAUGAUUGAAAUAUUUCUCAUAAAGGAAGAUUUCGAAUGUCGUAAACCAGUUUCGUUUAUUCCUUAGCGCAUGCACAUAUGCUGAUAUUUGACCGCUGUGUUGGAACAACCGGGCCCGAGGGUCACAUUUAGACUACCUCAGUUAAUCUUGGAAUGUUUUUUGUUGUUUUUUGACAAGUGGAUUGAGUAAUUUUUGGGUUGAAAGCUUUCCUUUUUUUGACCUUUUCGGGAGAAGACGAUCUCACUGUCUUGUGGUUGUAAAAUAUAAUUAAUUUUUUUGAUUUAAAGGUAAAAAAAAAAACAAAAUUAUGGCUUUUUUAUCUACAAUUUAAGUAGACAUUUUUAGAGAAUACAUUGACAUUGUUAAGUAUUCGCUUAUUAUCAGAACAAGCAAAUUGACCUGCAGAGGCAACACGUAACCAAGGCUUACGGAUACGUUUGAAGAAAACGGAAGCUGUGAACUCACUAGUUAAUGAGAGUUGAUUGUGAAAGGCCUGCUGUGUUUAAAAAAAAAGUUGUGGAAUUUUCAUUCAUGAUAUGUAUUAACCUUACCACAGCUUGUAAUUAUUGCGUUUACUGCUGUUCAGUCUAUCAAAAAAACAAUACAAUUUGAAGAAGAAUAACAAGUUUUAUUUUAUUUCACCUCAACAAUUUAUCUUAUUUCACUGCACUUGUCUUAAAUCCUUGAUAUUUGUAGUCUUCACUCGAGCCAUUUGCCUCUCACAAGCCGAAAGAGCUUUUCAAUGGCCUCGAUACCAUGAGGCAGUUGGGAGUACUUCUUCUCCCCUCUGAUGGUUAUUAGUCCGUCACCAGUUAACUCCCCCCCCCCCCCCCCAGGUUCCCUUGACAGUUCGUCGUUAAAAUUUUAUAGUCCUGGGUGGAGAGAAGCACUGUGAAAACCAAAUGUCUUGCCAAAGAACACACUCUUAAGCCUAGACCCUUUAAACCAUCGUCAAACCGCCCCCACCCCUCCCCCCACUAGUAUAUAGAGUGACUUUGGUUUUUGUUUGUUUGCGUCUUUUAUUUGUUUUGUUUUGGUUUUUUUUUUCAACCAUUCCCUCAAAGCAGGAUUGGUGAUCUCUCCUUAAAUUCGCCUUGAGUCUCGAAGAAGCUUCGUGCGCCGUUAACAAUGGUACGUCGUUGUUAAGACCUCUGCUAAAGUGGUGAGGCCAACGUCCAUAAUCAUGCAAUUAAUCCUCUAGCUCCUAACAGUAACAACAUGUAACUUCUCCCUAAAAUAUCCAUAUAUCAUCCAGCAAACAAUCUAUGGGAAUGCCAAACUUACCAGGUAGAAGUUAUUAUCUUGAUCAAAAUUAAAUUAAUUGGAAUUAAUUCACAAGGAAAUGUGUAGUAGCUGGAGGAGAGAAUUAACAAUCACAUCUUGGGAAUUAACGGGUUCAGAAAUGUCUGCUGCCCUAGCUACAAAAGGAAAAAAAGACCUUUGCUUAAGUCAGGAUCGCCAUUUUGAGUAGAUUCUUCUUGUUCAUGUUGUUCAAACAUCGCUGAGAUGUAAGUAAAUGGCCACAUUGCUAAGCGAGAUUCAAAGUGGCGGCGUCCGUUGUCGAAUAAAUAAAACUCACCGAAAGCAGGCAAAGUUUCAAAAACGUCUGGCAGUCUCUAAUUUCUCCAUGUUUCUGAGCUGUUUUUCUGCGUUUCUAACUUUCGAAAAGCAACAUCAAUUUCCAAUCAUCAAAGAUCUUCUUGACGAGGGUAUAACUUCUGACAAACUAUAACUGUUUUGAUGUUUGGUAUUACCAACGUACGAUCGCGAGCAACACCAAGGGCCUGCUUACACGGAGGUGGGGGCCCCCAGGUAGGUGAGGUAACCCGGACAGGUGGGGUAGCCCGCUUGUCCAUAUAAUCUCUUAUUUUAUCUUGAUCACGUUUACAUGAUAGGUGGGGUGACCCGCCUAAGCGGGUUGCCCGGUCUGCUUGGUAGGGUAACCCUGUCAGCCUGGGUGACAAUUUGCCAUGUGUACGUCUCAAGGCAGGGUAACAUGCCCAGCUGGGAUGGCUUCAAUGUUACAAAAAGCUCAAAUGAGCCAAACAAGAGCGAAACACGCGUGUGUUACAACUUUUUACACUUCCUAACCGUCCCAUGCAGAGCUAAAACGUUAAAACACCAUUCUUACGUCCUCUUGGCAAUGAAACCUCGACAGCAAUUUAGUCACGUUUUUACUUUAAACUCAACAAUACACUCACAUGUUAUGCCCAAGUGAAGACGUUUUACCGUCGGAAACAGGUAUCGCAUUGAGCUACUGGCGAAAAACUCAGAGGAAAAUAAAUUACGUUUUUACGGCAACCACACAUCGCCGUAAUUACAAGUACGAUUACAACCUCGAGAAACUUUAGCCCGGCAUCUCGGGGUUGUAAGAUUGUAUGUAAACGCGGGCUAUUUUUCGACCACGGCUAGGCAAGUUGCCUCACCUACCUGGGUUCCCCACAUCCACGUAAGAAGGCUCUAAAAAGUACACCUACCUGCGUUUCCCACAUCCACGUAAAAAGGCUCUAAAAAGUCUGCUGAAAGUUCCACAGACCAUUUUAUCGUCUUCAUCAAAUUUUCCCUCAGGGUACUAUGCACUACACCAGGGGUCAACUUAAGUUCAAGUGUCGAAAUUUUCAUAUGCAUCAUCUAAUUGCCGAUGGCCAAUGAUAGCGUUUGGCACCUAAAAAAAAACCUUUGAAAAAGUCUAGAGAGUUAUGAGUAUUAUUUCGCGGUCAGGGGUCUUCCAAAUAUCAAUUAAAGGCAAACAUCACGAACUAUGCGGGCGGUAAAAACAGUACUCACCAGAAAGAAUUUAAAAAAUCCAAACCUCUUUAUCAAAUUACCAUUUCAAAUUGCAGAGUUUGAAAAAGUAAUUUCUUAUAGUAAGGUUUAGAAGAGAAGUAUUUUGAAACUACGUGCCACAACACGCCCUGUCAGACGAAAUUGAUCGAAGAGACAAUCUGUCUCAAGUAUUUUUGUUUUGUUUUGUUUAUCUUUGUUUUGUUUUGUUUUUUUCUUUUUCUCUGUUUAUGAGUUCUGGGAGAAUAUUCACUUAAAGUUAGAAGGGACUUGUAGAAUUAAUAAUAGCAAACUUAUUCUGAAAUACUUUCUACAUGAUAAACAGCGACAAUAAAUCCAACGGUCCGAUUGACACUAUUGAGGCUGAGUAUCACAAAGGAGCUGAUGGAGCGUUUUAACGAAACAACAAAAUUACUCUAACUUAAAUCACGACAAGGGUAUCAAGAGCUCGUUGCUUCUAAACGCGCCUGGCCACUAUGAUCACAAGAUUUGAUCUUUGCACUAAAGGAGGUUCCAAAUUUGAUUUCAGCUAAAUCUUUUUUUUCAGCUGAAUGGUCGAGGUCAUGAUUGUGCCUUGAGUUGGCAUAGAACACUAUUGUUUCGGCAUAAUAAUGUAUGUAAGACGCUGUAAUAUAGAUAUUGCACUAGAUAACUCGCUCUACAUAACAAGACAAACACUCAGUGAACAAAAGGAAAUGUCUAAUACACUUGAAGGAAAACCUGAAAAACGAAUGCUCUACACAUAAUUACUUUGCACAUUUUGUCAGAGUAUUAAAUCUGUAAUUAAACCAGGACAAGUUGGAAUUCCGUCUGGUGUUGUGUCAAAUGUUAUGCCUAGUCAACCGUUCGGAAAUUACUCUUUUAUUUUCGUGUUGGCAACCGCACCUGAAAGAGGCUAGCAGAACUAUAAGUCAAACUCGAGGAAGCCCUGACAAUGAUCUACUAAUAAAAAACACUUAGAAAGUUGAAGUCUAAGUGAAGCAGUAAACCACAACACAUCUAAAAGCCAAGGUCGACAAAAGGGCAGAGAGAUAUUUCAUUGCUAAAAAAACUACUUGAAGCGUACAAUUUUGAUGCAUAAUCCUGAAAUAGCACCUUUACUCAGACCUUAUAAUUAUGCUCACGCUAUCAAGUUGGUGUUUAAGAACGACUUUUCGCCAUUUCUUAGAGAAUUCUCGGCCUAAAUUGAGGUAUUGGUUUCCGGACACUAUUUUGAUUAAUUAAAAAGGUAGGACCACCUCGAAUGACUGCCCUUAUACUUGAUUUUGUUUGUUGUUGAUAUUUUAACGACACUCAAAAAGCUGCUUCUAUCAAAUUGAUUUCGCUCAAUUCUGUUUCUCAUUUUCAUAUAUUCUUCUAACUUAGGACAAGUGUCUUUAAUAAUCUGACUUUCGGUCAAGAAAAGACGCUAAAAGAAAAACACAAACAAGCACCCAAAUAUGCACUGGAGGUUUGAAAGGUUACUCCGCAGGCACGAAACCGCUAUUUUCUAAUUAUUAAUACAUAACUGAAAUUUCUUAGAAAGAGAGGAGUUUUGAGCCAGUUUGGACAGGUUACUUAACUUGAAAGAAGCAAGAUACUUUAGUAAAGAAAGAAAGAGAGGAAGAAGGAAAUAUGUCAUAACAACCAGGUUUAUAGUAUUCAUAUUUUGUAGACAACAUUGGUUAAAGAACUAAUGAGUACUGAAUAAAUUAACAUAAUUGUAACAAAUUAGCCCUUCACUUCAAAGUAAAGGCCGGCCUUUACUAUGUAUGUUUGCCUCUUGUGAACUCUACACAUGAAAGAACUUAUCGCUAAAUAUGUUCCCUUUUGUGCACUGACGGUUAAAACCGAUUUCGAAAUAAGGAGUGACUUAUCGCACGAUGUCUACUUGAUAUGGUUAUUAAAUCUAACGCAAUGGUUCGAGCAGAAUUAUUUCUCGUAUCCAUGCGGUGCCCACUGUUAAUCACAAAGUCCAUUAUGUUUUUCUUUACGCCUCACAAGCAAAGUGCCUCGCAAACCUUAAUCGAGAGCUUGUUCCAUUAAAGUUUAAGGUUCUCCGUGAUAUAGCCAUGUCCCUUUUUUUAACUGAAUUUUAACCAUGGCGGUAUUAUAACUGUAGGUCACGUAGGCUUUCUUUUUUGUAAAAUCAGAUGAUCAGUGUAUCGUUGGAAAUGUUGUCCCCUGAGCAGACUUAUCUGUAGAAAUGCCUUUAUAUAAAUAUUUGUCAGUUUCACGUGGGAGAUAACCUCCUUAGUGACAAAGAUAGUCACAGUAAGGCCCGUCAUUUACAUGAGGCCUAACCCAAACCACAGUUUUACGCAAUUAGUGAGCUUCAGGCUUUCUCUAAAGGAACGUUGAUUUAAUUGACUAAGCGUUAGCCCUGACUAAGGAUAACGCUCGAAACGUUAGCCCUUCGUCUCAACUAAUCAGGGCUCGUAAACUUUAUUUUUGCGCACGAAACGUAAGAAAUAACUUGUAAUACCGCCAGUGACGCAGCACCACAGUUUCUUUAGAAACUUCCUUCCUUCCUUUAACUGUAGAAAAAUGUGUUUAUAAGUAUAUGUCAGUUGCAAGUUGGAGAUGACCUCUUUAGUGACAAAGCUCAAUUAACAUUAAAUAAUCGUCAAACAAAAAAGAUUUGUCUGUUGUAUCAAUUUUCCUUUAUGUUGGUAUCAGUUAAUUACUUGACUAUGUUAUUCAAAACUAGUUUCAACCUUCAUUGUAGUCAGUUUGAACUCCUCGACAAAUGCUCUCUUUAUUGUGUGAAGGUUAAUUGUGGUUCAAAGCUGUUCACGAAUUUGGUGCGAAAUUUUAUUUGUUUUAUCGAAGUUUGGUUCGAGUCAGUAGUAUGCGUGGAAGGAUUCGAGUCAAAUCCUUCCACGCAUUUUUCGUAUUUUUGCGAAGGAAAUGCCUUUGAAAUAAUUUUGUGACAAUUUAUAUGGAAAAAAUCUUAGAAAUAUCUUGAAGCUUUCCAAUCAUUCAGGUAAUUUCUGCCUUAAUUAGCAACAGGGUUAAUACUCAUCACAUAGCAACAGUUACGGUUACGAUCCUAACUGGUGGAAAGGUUUGCUCUGGGACUGACAGAGCAUUGCAACUGUAAUCAUUGUCUGCUGUUUCCAAGUGUCGGCGAAUAUUUAGAAGAAAGAAGAUUUAACAAUUAAAUUUUGGAUCUAAGUUCAACGUGCUUGCAUAGAAGAUAUGUUGAAAAUUUUCAGUGUUCUAGAAGACUUGCAUGAGAGAUUCUGCACAAUGAAUCCAGUUUUGCCCACACGAUAAGUUAGAUGGAUUUGACGUUUAUUCAUGGUUCAGUUGAGCUUUCAACUGUGAAUUACGCAUUCAUUAGCUUCUUUCCUUUGUUGGUUUUUGUUUUGUGUAUUCCGCAUUGCGGUGUCGUUUGUUAAGUUCUUAAAUAGACACAGGCAAGGGAGAGGUCUUUCAGUUGAGCACCAGUUUCAGAGAGGUAACACGAGCAUAAAAACAUGUAUUUCCUUGGAGUUUUAUACACAAUUUUCAUUGCCUUAUCUGUUCUAUUUCCAGUGAGUACAAAGCCAUCUGGUCUCGCGAUCACAUUAUCUACACGCAAGUCUCAUUGUGGACCGAUUGUGGAGUAAAACUAAGCUUUGGUAAGUAAGAAGGCCAGUGUUAAUUUCUUUCUGUGCUCUAGUCGGAAAUUUUAUUCCAAGCGGUGUUUUCCUACAAAGAAUGCAAAGCUGUCCCACGAGUCAGUGAAUUCCUAAAUUCAACAAAAGAAAUUUUGUCAAUGUUAAAGUGAUGCUUUCCUCGCCAAUCAAAGUUUACGAAUAUUACUCAGAACAGUCAAUCUUGGUUGCGAUUUCGUAUUUCAGAGCUCAGCAAAUUGCAUCUUGAACGAAAGAAGUAAGACCCUUCAUUAUUCUAUUAAUGGAGCUUUUCAAGUUUAUCUUGACGUUUGACGAAGCGCAAUUAUAUGCGAUCAGGUUGAUUUUGCUUAAAACUCGUUUCAAGCUUUAAUGUGCAUUUUCCCUUUAUCGGAGCCAGAUACAAUCCACUCUACCAGAUUUAGUUAAGAAUGGCAACUUAAUUGUUUUUUAUUGAAUUGAUCUGAAAUGAACUUCAGCUAGCAAGCCACCUCUUGUAUUCAAUCAAGUUUAAGCCUGAAUGUUUCGGUCCAAUUCUUCAGACCACACCUCAGCACAUGAAGCAGGUUUUUUAUUUUCUCGGUUGCAUUUUUUAAUCAAGUCUUGCUGACUUCUCGAGAAACAUUUUGUCGCUUAAUUAUUUGCAUUUCAUUAGUUCGGGUUGAAAAUUGUCUUUCCGUCCCUCGCAAUACCACUAUCAAUACUCUGCAAGCGCCUUCCACGCUUAGCUGAAGGUUCGAUCGUAAAUAUCUUAUUACGGCUUUUCAUUACCACCUUUAACAUAUUCAAGCCAAAAAUUAGUGUGCUAUUUAACGAAAAGGGCACCUCAAAGGGAAAAAGGACCGGGUUCUAAACCAGCAGAAUCUUUCUGUUGAAGUCAAAGCCUAUUGUAUUCUUGUGACAUACAUCUAAGAGAAUUCAUGGCUUUUGCCUGUGGCAAAGUGUUAUUUGUACGACACUUCAAACAAACAAACAACAAAACAGUUCUAGAAUUCACGACGUGAUAUUGGCAGUUUCGUUCUCGUCAGAUGAUCACAUAUAAUGCUAUUGUGAAAUAGUUUCAUUCUUAACAUAGUUGUAAAUCGUUAUAAAGGAAUUUUUUUAAUUAAAACAAGAAUCGUGCUCUUAAGAAGUAAAAGUAUUAUAAAUAGAAAUCAUGUAUGCUAUGCUUUGAACGAUAAAAUUUAUGUUGUUUUUUUUCGCUAUUCUUACAAGCCUCUUUUAUGUUUUUCUUUAAAUUUUUAUUGCUGAUGUUUAUCUUCAUCUUGCACUUCGUUUUUUAUGGGUUAUCUUUGUCUGCUUGAUGUGUUUCUUCUUUGUUCGGCUUUUUUUCUCGUUUCUCUUCCUCUUCAGUUUUUUUCUUCAUUCUACUUCACAGCAUAUCCUUUUACAAUAAAUCGUUUUCUAUUUGCUUGUGAUUUUCAAUGACGUUUUACAAUUCUUAUUUGUUGCCACAGAUCCACGAGAACCUAAUUAUCAAUAUGAAGUGGGCAAUUCUUUUGGCGACAUUUAUGCUUGUUUUACAUCAAACUAAAGGUAACGCCUUCAUCAUCUUGUCUUUCUUCAUCUUGAUUUUAAAAUUAUGAUAAUUAUUUUUUUUUCCCGAGGACUCCAUGAAUUGACGAUUAUAUUCAAGCAUUACGAAAAGCAAUUAUGAAAUAAGAGAAUUUAAAUCCGCAAUUCCUUGCCGCUUUAAUUUGGAUUCGUUAACAUUUUAUCAUUGUAAAGUGUCUCUUUUCUCACAGCUACAACUGAAUGGAAUGUAUUAUUACCUAUCAUAAAUGAAAGAGUUGGACCCAAAAAUUGUUUUUUUUACUCCUUCUCAGGUCAGACGGCGGCCUCAGUGACUUGUAACCCCGACCACACUGUGAGUAUAGCGAUCUCAAGCGUAGAUGAUGCAGAAUUUUGGGACCCAUCAGAGUGGUCCACAAAAGUAGGCGAUCCAGCAUGUGAACCAACAAUUGAUGGUGUUGGUGAUACAGUUACCUAUACCAACCUACACCUCCCUGACUGUGCUGACGAAUUUCACCAGAAAGAUGAGGAAAUUCAAUACAUCCUCAAAAUCAGCGCUGUAAAGACUUCAGGUGAUCCAGUUACAGGGCAGUUGCGCACUUACGACCACCUGUACUACGUCACGUGUAACUAUGAUAAUACAGACAGAGCUUCGACGAGUUUUGUGCCGAUCAAGAAUCGAGCGGAUAACGACACAGGUAUGCAGCUCUGGUUAAGAUAACAACAUGUAUAAUCUACAUAAGUAACCUUAGUUUGAAUUCCUGCGAAGUGGAGAUUUCUGAAAAGCUUCUAUCAAACCCUUGCCACCCAAUGUAUUGACCAGCCUUCCUUCAGUGGCUGAUGGAAAAAAAGGAACACAUAAUCCUUUUGUCAAGAUAUGGUGGAUUUGAUUUCAAUUUGAUAUAAAAAAUAAAGUGGCGGAGAAACAUUUGUAAGAGCCUGGCAUGAUUUUGAAAGACAGCCAUGCAUGUGUACAAAAUGCAUUCGUAUUUUAUUUUGUGAUUGAGAAAGUUUCACUUCUCAUCCUUAUCAAUACAGGACUAUUAGAGCAUGCCGGUCCAAAAAGAGUUAUUAUCAUUAACUAACCUGAAAAAAUGUAGAAUUUUUAAAUUGUCUUUUUUCGUCGAUCAGUAAUCUGUAACUGUUACUGGAGUAGCAGUUACAGAUCAUUGAAAAGAUAUCUCAACUACACUUCAUUCAGUUUGCUAAUCUAGCCUUGUAUUUGUCAAAACGAGCAAAAUCCUUAAAUAAUGCAAAUGUGUUUGAUAAAGUUUUUUCAGAUUUCUUUUGUUUGUUUAACUUUUCCUUACUCGCUUUUGUGGUCUCUUUUGUCAUUUUUAGAGGAAAAAGAUAAAAAAAAUUUUAAAAAAAGUUGGCGGAGAAACAUUUAUAAGAGCCUGGCAUGAUUUUGAAAGACAGCCAUGCAUGUGUACAAAAUGCUUUCGUAUUUUGUUUUGUCUUUAACGCUACGGGACUAUUAGAGCAUGCUGGUCCAAAAAGAGUUGUUAUCAUCAACUGACCUGAAAAAAUGUAGAAUUUUUAGACUGUUUUUUUCGUCGAUCAGUAAUCUAUGACUGCCAAUGGAGUAGCAGUUACAGAUCAUUGAAUAGAUGUCUCAACUACACUUCAUUCAGUUUGCUAAGCAGGCCUUGCAUUUAUCAGAAAGACCAAAACCUUGAAUAAUGCAAAUGUGUUCACUAAAGUCUUUUGAAAUUUCUUUUGCUUUGUCUUACUUUUCCUUACUCACUUUUGUGGUCUCUUAUGUAAUUUUUAGAUGUCGGAGUUUUCACCUUUUCUCUCAUGGCGUAUCAAGACGACGCUCAUACUACGCCAGUUCCCGACCCUGUUGCUCUGAAUGUAGAGAUUUUCUUCAAAGCUGAAGUCGAGACUCAAAGCAAUGCACCCAACCUUGACUUGUACCCUGUGCGAUGCUAUUCAUCACAAAGCAAUGAUGCAGAUGAUAUUGGUGCUAACUUUACUCUUAUUCGCAAUGGGUAAGAAUUUCUGUGAUAAAAAUUUGCCCGCUAAACAUGACUAAUAUGUAAUUACGACAACAAUGAUAAUAACAAUCAAUAUUAAUUUUGUAAAAUUUUAGACAGAGCAGGACCCACCUCAUCGAAGAACUCCUCAGUGAGGUCCAGCACCUCAAAAAAAAAAAGAAACGUAAAAAUAUGUAACGAGGUUAAAAAUAAAAAUCAUUUAGAAAGAUGUGGAUUUGAAUAUGGUGGCAUAUAUGCAUACAAAUGUACAAAUGAACCACAUCCAAAAUUCGAGUUUUAACCGUGAUGUAUGAGGUAGUCGCAUCACAACUAAGUUUAUUCCAAUAAUUAAUCAGUACUUCUGUGUGUGAACCUUCGUUUAACCCAGUUCGUGUUGAACUGUCUGGUAUCAUUAUUACUCCCUGUGGUUCUAAAUCUAAGUAAAAGAUGGCCGCCAGUGUAGACCCCAGAUAGAGUGACACUUAUCUUAAUUAAAAAGAAUUUUGCCAGAGUAUCUGUGAGAUAUUUUCAGACUACUGAUCAAACAUGAGCGAGUAACACUGUUUAUUUCUAUAAGAAAUAAAGCUCCCCUUAAAUAACGAAAUCCAUUCACAAUUUUUUUUCCAGUUUCUUGCUAAUAAAUGGCAAGCCUUCCAAAACCCUUGUUAUAACCUACCAUUGUAGUUUUCGUAGGAAGCUAUUCUUGAAUUGUAUGCUGUGUGCCUGGUAUCGACUUAGUGAAGAACAUACAGCCGAUGCUAUGGAUUUACCUGGAUCUUGUCCAUUUAGGAUAAAAUUUGUUACCUCAAAGAGUAAGAGGAAUUUUGCUUACGUUACUUAAUUAUAUGAUUUUUUAUCAUUUCUUCAUAGUUGUGGCAGCGAUGGUGUCAGCGAAGACCUCAGCGAGACAUUGGAUUACAGUUGUACCGCCGACAGCGAAUAUGAAACAUUCUCACUCAGAACUUUUCGGUAUUUUGGGGCAGAAGCAGGAGAUGAAGUUUACAUCCACUGCGAUUUCAGAGUUUGCUUGGCAGAUGUAGACAAUACCGAAUGUAAAUGUCCAGAUGAUGCUGCCACUUGCAUAGGUGAUCGUGACACUGAUGUUACACCGACGAGGCGCAGACGUCGUUCAAUCUCUGAUUCGGUGGAUGAGUCACAGCUUUAUCGUGUUGUCUAUGGUCCAUUCACCUUUAAGCAAGAAGAACUGAACAAAGAUGAAGGUAAAUGAUAAUUCACAGGAAUGUUAAGCCAUAGGACAGGAAUUAUGUUAGGUGCUUUCCACGUUCUCUGUUAACCAAGACUGGUUGUCCAUGAUAACUGACCAAUUUUCAAAAAAAAGGCCGCACGGGGCAACUUGUAGAACCUAGAAGAUAACUUGAACAUGUCAAAUAUGAUAGAAACGGAACGAAAUGUAAUAUCAUAUAUCGUAAUGAUGACUAUAAAAAAUUAACAAAGGUUGGAUAAGAACCUCUAGAAAGACUAUAGAAAUUUUCCUAGUAUCUCUGCCUUUAUUGAUAGACACGAAAGUUUAACAUUAUAAUAUACUUACGCCCCCGAUAGUUUAGCUCAAUGAUUAAACCUGGAAUCUAUUCGCUUCAUUUCAGUUGCACCUAACGACCAAAAGAAGACCCACCAGCCUUCCCAGACAUUACCAAUUGUUGGGGCAGUAUGUGGUGUUGUGGCUGUAGCUGUCAUCUGCGCCACUGUUUACCUUGUCAUUCACUAUCGAAGCAAGCGCACGCAAAGUGGAGAUCUGCACGUAGUCACCUAAACUCCAAACGCAAAUAAGUUGGGUUGUGCAAACGCGCAAAUAUUACGUUUUUUUAAUCCAAUAUCCAUUUGAAUGGUGUGACAUAUGAAGCAACUCGAUAGGAUUAAGUUGAGUUGUGGAUGUUGAUUAAGACAUACGAACGAAUAAAUGAUUAAUCGGCUUUUUUCUUCAGAUGAUGGUAGGAAUCAAAAGUAGUUUUCAAAGUUAAUGGAAUUUAUGUCUUGAAUUCAGUGUCAAGGUUGAUUUCAUUAGCUGCUUGUCACUCUUAUUUGCGCGAUCCAGAUUAACAACCAGUUUUAAUCGCUCAUUGUUUCAACACCUUAUAAACUUGCACACAAGCCUUAUAGACAACGUUAAGUUCACACACAAUUUUAGGCAUUGCGAGGAAUUUUAUUACGUAUGACAAACUUUACACUCUAUAUGCAGCGCAGCAACGGCAGCGUUGUGAUUUUGCUAACGCUUAUAUAAUAUCUAACCGAAUGCUAGCCAUAGUAAGUAUACCCAAGUCGCAUGCGGGCCUAGUUGCUUUCCCGUUAAACUGGCUUAAGCCUUGUCAGUGAGACACCAGUACCAGUCUAAAUUUUUUAAAAUUUUUUAGAAAUUUUGAGCAGCAUCUUAAUAAAAUAUAGGAACCUUCACGAAUUUAUUAUAAAACCCUUGUGUUUUUUCUUUUUGUGAAUAUUUGUGUUCUAAAGGGCAGGGUGGCCAUCUUUUUUCUCUAUCUGUUAAAUCGGGAGGGAAUUUUCACUUCACUCUCAUGGCAUACGAAGAACCAUUUCUUUCUCCAGUGAUUCUCAACGCUGUAAAGCUGGAUACUGAAAUUUUAUUCAAUGCGUAGGCUUCGAUCCCAAGCCCCACACCCAGUUACCCCCUGACUGGCUCGUAUUUUCAUAACCAAGCGAGUUUGAUUCGUUAGAUUUUUUUAAGUUAAAUCGAUUGCUAGUUAUAGCCACUUCAAAUAUUCUCUCCAACUCAUUUAGUGUCAAACUUGUUUUCCGAUCACAAUUCAGAUCAGUUAAGUCGUACUACCCAAACACAGGGGUCAACAAUUGGGCAUGUGCAGGGGAUUAAUUUCGGCUGGCUACGCGCCAAUUUCCCGCGUAAGGUUUUUAGGGAGACCUCACAAAACAAUUGCUGUCCCGCAAAAUGUGCAGAAGAAAUUGAAAUUUUAUCAGAAAUCUUUAAAAGUAUGUAAAAAAGGAAAACUCGAGUCUUUUCAGGCAGAGAGCUUUUACGGGAUCCUGCGGAUUAUCAUUUUGUUUUAAAAUUGUCCCUGCACAAAAUAAUGCCGGAACCAAAUGGCUUCAACGUUUCGCUUUUUCAGCGCAAUAAUGCGGUAAGGAAUUUGAUGUGUAUGGCAUCACAAAGUAUUGAAAAUUUUUGAUGAUAUGAAAAUAUUGUUUUUCGCGUUCUAUUUUUCAAUCAAUUUUGCCCUUCAAAGAAAGCCAAGACAUUUGAUUGACAUACAAGUGUUCUCAGCCAAUUAGAAUGUUCCGUUUGCAAUUUGCAUGGACAAAACUCCAACCCCCUCUCUCCUUCUUUCCCCAAUGGCCAAACGCUCAACGUUUCCAAGACAUUGUCUAACAGAGAACAUGGCAUGAGGUACCUACAUCAAAGAUGACGCAGCUCAGAAAAUUCAAGCGUGAAUUUCAUAUAGAACAGAUUUUCAAAAUAGAGUCCAAAACAGUGUACGAGUAAUUGAAGCGCAAUGAUUUCCCUUGAAAGGUCGUAAUUGAUUGGAAGUUUAUAAUUUAUUUCGCUUAAUUGAUGAAGGAAAUAUAUGUAGACAAAAACUGAAAAACAAUUUAAGAGGAGAAUUGAUCAAUAGUAAGAUGCGAAUUGUCUAAACUGUAUAUACUGAAAAUUUCAAGGUCAUGUCGCCUAGAAAAUCGAAAAAAUGAUAGGCGUAAGGCUACUUUAAAAUGCAGGAGCUACAGGUUAAAAUAUUCUCGCAGUUUAAGGCGUUUUUUGAUUCCCCCCUCCAUUUCUUCUGUGCAUGCUUCGGUGUGAUAUUUCGGUUAAAUCGUCACAGUCGCAACUACUUAACUAUAUGAGAUAAAUUCCUACUGUGCUUCAUGUGCUUCAUCAAAGGGGUUCUGAUCGAAAUUCGGUGUCCGUGAAGCGUAGUUGUUUGUGAAGUUGCGUACUUGCAUAUAACUGUUGCCUAGAGACGAAGGUUCGAGAGAGGACCUAAGAAGUCUUGAUUCGCUUUGAUAGUGGCAAGAUAUUUUAAAAACGUGGGAUCAACGAGGCGGAACGCAUCAAAGCGUAGCGGUUACAGGCUUAAGCAAAGAAACACAGCGGAAGUUUGCAGGCGACCUUGUUAUAAUCAACGAAAUUACAAUAUCUUCGAAAACUUUAGCAUCUCACACGGACAACGGUGAGUGCCUGAUUCAUGUUUUAGACCGUCCAUAAAAUAAUUAUUUAAACAUAUCGAAAACAAAAUUUGCCUUCCUCAAAUAGAACCGCCUUGCGUGCAAACAAUACGUUCUCAACAAAUUUUUUCCUCUCGUUUCUUUUACUUUCGUUGCCAAGUUUUCGAUAGCCAGAGCAACGAGAAGGUGUGGAUUAUGAGUCGUUUUACAGUCAGCAGCCUUGCAUCUUUAUGAUAAACGAAAAUGUAAUUCAUCAUCUCCAUUCGUCAUGCGAAAUACCAUGGAUGUUUAAUUUCCAUUUCAACAAGCUAUCGGCAAGAGAGCAUCAAUUGAUGCUGUGUUUAAAGAUACUUUUAACGCAAUAUCAUGAAUAGAAAAACCAAUAAAGACAACUGCAAAUGAAUUGUAGCGAUUUCUAGCGUUCCAUUUGUUCUAUUUGCAGUCAUAAAUUCUUGAAACUUGAUUACAAACAAGUGAAAUGUCCUUUCGUGUUUAUAACGAUUAAUUACGUUCCAAUGGCUGAUUUUUUCGCUCUCGAAUGAAAAUGAUCCAAUCGAAAAACAAUUUAUAAACUGGUAAUUGCACAGUGUACCGAUUCGAACUGAACGUAAAUAUUGUAUUUCCGUACAAAGUUUAGAUCAAGUUGAAGUAAAACAGAUUAGAUUUCGCAUCACUUGCACAAUGCACAACAAAUACUUAGACUUUAAAAGAACGCUGCAUUCAGUAUUUUCUUUACACAGAUAUGUCGAGAGAAUACAAAACAUGUCAUAUCUUUGAUUAUUAUCACUAUUUCGGGCAUUUUGAUGCAUUUUGCAGGAUGAAAUAGAGAUGUUGACGUUUAAAUGUUCGUAAAUUGCUCGGCUAGAAUGACUCUCAGUCUGGGCCAAAUUUUAUAAGCUCACAAUACACUGGCCAUGUUUUAGCACACACACAAAGAACGAAGAAAUCCAGAAUUUUCCUUUUUCAUCCUUUCUUUCGCUCUUGAACUAAAUUAUUACGACAAAUAACUUUGGAUUCAAGAAUUUCUUUCGUUCUUAUUUAGACACUUUGACUGACAUUCCUUAACUUUAACUUCAUAAGUUGGGUAAAACCACCAAGAAAAGGCUGAACUCUACGUCAAAAUGGCUUGGCAGUGGAUUUUACUCUCUCUCGUGACGUUCGCUUUACUGUUUGACGUCAGAGUUAAAGGUGAGACAGACUUCAGUUUUUUCCACAAAUAUAAUCCCUUAUGAAAUAUUUCAUUCAUCAUCAAAGAAUAAUUAAGUGAGACCUGACUCUGAGUCAACUAGACCAUUACCCGGGGUCUUGUUCGGUCUAUUCCGCGAUUCUUGACAAGCCUAAAACUGGCAAACACUUACUGAGAAUUGUUUAGUCGACACGUUUACAAAACUUGUACGCGACGAAAUAGAGGUUCUCAAACUUUAUGGUUCGAAUAAAGUUAUUAAAAGAAUCAGUUGCUUGAUGACAUCGAUAAUGUGGAUAAUAUGACUAAAGCAAAACUUAGAGAAAGGGGGAACAUAGUGACAUAAGAACGUCCCUCCCCCCCCUCCCCCUUCCCCCCCCCCUUUAUUACAUUAUUCAACUACAAUUACUGUAAGUUUCUGACGUGAAAAGACAAAAAGUUAGUUAACAAAAUACAGUUGAGUACACGCGCGACAAUUUGGGAAAGGAAAUUGGAAGUGUGUUCAGUUCUUGGAGAAGAGGACCAAAAUUGUCCAUUCAUCUUUUUUGGGAUUCUACACCAAUGGUAACUUGCAGCCCGCUCACCCCAUACCGUAUUUAUAUUGAUUAAAUUUAUUUAACAAAUCAUAAAUAAAUAAAAAUGGGAAAGGUGAUAACUUUUUUGAUCAAUAAAAAUGCAUCAAAACUUAAUAAAACUUCUAAAAAAACAAUAUCAAAACCUCGUAUCGCUAUUUUUCUAGAACUAUAUUCAUUUCAGACAGAGUACACAAAUGGGUCCACGUGCAAAAAGCUAGAUUUAGUCUGAUUAUCAAUCUUUUCUUAGAAAUGUAAAACCUCAGUCCAACGCUUUGUCUCUGUGUGUUUACCUCAGCUAUUUACGUAUCUUCUUACUUUUCGUCUUCAGGCAUGUCAACGAGUUCAAUUGUCUGCAAUGCUAACCACACAGUAACUAUAACCAUUACAAACGUAACUGACAUCGAUGCAUUCAACGAAAGCGAUUGGCGAAUAGAUAACAAAACAGAAUGUAAGCCGACAUUCCUGGGCACGACGGUCACGUAUACCAAUUUGCAAGUGGCUGAUUGCGCUUCAAUUUCCGAAGAUAAGAACACUUCUAUUAGAUACGUUUUCGAAAUCCGUGCAGUUGUUCCGGGCAGCAGUCCGAUCCAGGCCUUUGAUCACGUGAUUGACGCCGUGUGUGAGUACGUCAAUAAUGGCAAUGUCACAUCCAGCUUCAUACCUUUAGUGAAUCGUGGCGAUAACUCGUCAGGUAUGUCGUGUUAGCUUGAGUAAAGUAUACACCUGUAAAGAAACUGAAGCGUGUUUUGCGGUACAUUAGAUACAAAAUUAUAACACCUUCGUUAUGUAGCCAAAAAUAAAAUUUGCAGAAGUUCCAUGUGGAGAUUUUAUCAGGUAUAUACUAGAUUAUGCACAGAAAUUUUAAGCAGACGUUGUGUGAAUGUAAUGUGAAGAUUCAACUGAUUUAAGCCUCACUCUGUGCAGAACUAAUAUUUGUUACUUUCUUAAUCAGAUUCUGCAGCUUUUAUAUUCAGCCUUGACGUUUUUGAGAACUCUGAGCUAACCAUUCCUCUUCCCAGCGAAGUGAAGCUCAAUCAACCAUUGUUUUUCCGAGCUCAAGUGGAAACAUCAAGCGCUGCAUCAAACCUGGACCUCUUCCUCUUGCAAUGUAAUGCGUCAAAGUCGAACGACGCAAAUGUUCCGGGCCACGAUGUAGUCCUUAUUCAAAAUGGGUUGGUACCUUCUUGAAGUUUCCCAAAACAAAAGCACAAUGUAUUUUAUCAUCUACACCUCUAAAAAGUAUGAAAAUCCACAGAGCAACCUGAACUUUCAAGAACCGUCUCCAAUGGAAAUUGAACUUAAACAAAGCACGCGGCCAUUUUGAAUCUUUCAUUGCCGCCUGACCGCUAACCUGCGACGGAACAAAGUCUUACACAGCCUUCUUCUAUCCACUCAGGAUCAGUUUUAAUAACAAGGCCUUACAUAAAAAAGCAUUGUUGAAUCUAAUAAUUACUUGAAUGCGAAAACCGGUGCAGCGGCUGAUUGGGAAUGCGAUCACGUGAAGUCACGUUGCUGAGUUGUUUUCAAAAUGGCGGCGCUCAAGUCAAGCUUUUUUUUCAUUUUAUUUUUUAAAUUUUGGUCAGGUUAGUAUUUCUUAUCCCUAAUAUCAUUAAGACCAUUCUUUCCAUCUUGGAUUCAGAUGUGGUAACGAUACUGUCAGUCAAGACGCAGGUGACACUUUGAAUUACACCUGCGCAGUCGACAGCACGCAGGAAACCUUUCAAGUGAAUUCUUUCCGGUACUUUGGAGCUGAAGCCAACACUUUGGUCUAUGUGCAUUGCGAUCUUAAGGUGUGCCUUGCAGAUGCUACGGAUUCUACAUGUGAAUGCCCGUCUUUGGCUGAUUGCAACCCUAAUGCUCGAAAACGGCGAGCAGUUGAAGUUGAUGAAUCUGUGGUGUAUCGCGUCACGAUUGGUCCUUAUUAUUACAAGAAAGUAGAGAGAGACGACAAAGGUGAGUUAGUUUUCAUGACAUCGCGUUUGAUGCUGUUUUGCCCUCAUAUGGUGGUUCACUUUUCUAGAGCGUGGGACACCAAAAAAUUAUGAAUCGCCUUUAGGGAUUGAAACCUUAGAUUCUCGGCCAAUUUUUUUAGUCGAAGGGGUCACAUGCCUUUGCCUGGCAUACUUCAUAUUAAACAUGGAUGAAUUCUUUCCUCACGACAUUCCUUUUUUUAUUUUGUAACCAGAUCACAACGACAAGAAACCUGAAACAAGCGAAGAUAACUCUUCAUUUCAACUCAGUUUAAGCGUUGCCAUAGUUUUCUCAGUCAGUGGUGUCAUCAUAGUAUCAAUUAUAUCCCUUACCGUGUGCUUCAUUUCGCGCGGACGUCACCAGCGUUCUUCAAUCACCGAGUUGAACAAGUGACUUGAUCACAGUGUGAAAACGUAAAUGCCUCAGAGCCUUUCCCUCAAACUUUUUAUGUCAUAAUAUGAAGCAUAAAUCAAUUAUUAGAGAAUAACUAUCUAGGUUCAAUCUUUGUCGUUUUCACUGCAACGAGAAUUAUGCACGAUCAAUUUUAAAUGAUGGUAUUAUUUUUCUUUAUGGCCGUUGAUAUCCAAAAGAUGUGCACUCUGCUAAAGCUAUAGUAUUAAACCAUUCUUGUCAGGAUUUGCUGCUUAAUCUUUGGGUUGGAAAUAUCUCUUAAAGUCCCUCAUAGUAUUUAGAGAAAAUGGGGACAACAAUAAGAUGUUUAUAUUUGGCCCUCAUAGAAUUAAUGUUAGCCUCCUCAAAGGUUCACUAAAUGAUGAUGCAGUUUCGUUCAACCAUCGGAAAGGUAGUGGUCUUAAAUAUCAUCCAAAGGAAUUAACUAUGUCCUUUCUUUAGACUUCACGAUCAGGGUCAGGUUUAUUAGUCAGGCCGGUUAGUUUCAAGACCAAAAUGUUACAAUAUAAAGCUUCAACACCUAUAUUAAGUAAUUUUCACCAGCUUCUGCUGCUCCAAUUUACCAGUAGGAGAUAAUAACAUUACCAC